GGACCAUUUAAAGAGGCAUAGCAGAGCCAGCAAAUGAGCUCCAGAGGAUGCGUGUCGGCUGAAAUUACUGUUAUUUUCUCUUCUUUUCUACAAAACUCAGUUGAUGUGGAGGGAAAUCUUGUGCUGUAUGUUUUCUCGUGCUCACACAAAACAAAAAGGGGGAUUUCGAGACACGAGGACAGAUGUAAGCAGAUCAACAAGAGCUGAAGAGGAUUGCUGGCAGACAGACUAUACUGCUUUGAGAGUUUGAAGAUAAGUCUGGGAACAAACGUCUGAUUGUACAAACAGUAAUCUGGUGCUGUUCUCAUGGAAAUCUACAAAACAAUCUCAUCUGGAAACCUCAGCAGAUGGAUUAUUUAUUUUUUUCUGCUUGUUUUUGUAAUAGUAAAUGAAGUGUCUCUGCAGGAGUCUGUUGAGGGUUUUAUUGGAGGUUCUGCUGUUUUACCUUGUUCUUCUAAAGAACCACCGCUCACAGUUCAAGACAUAGAUCUAGUGCGCUGGAGACACAAUUACGACCAGAAUGUGUAUGAGAUUAUUAAUGGUCAAGACUCUGUGGAAGGACAGGAUCCAGUGUACAGGAACAGAGUCGAAAGCUUCCCCGAGGAGUAUCUGAGAGAAAACUUCUCCAUCAAACUCAACAACCUUCAACACACUGAUGCAGGAGAAUACACGUGCUACAUCUUCAUGAAGGAACAAGUAUCCAGGAUUGUUGAGCUUUCGAUUAAAGAAAGAUCAGAAAGACAACUCCCCAGUGAAGGAACAAACCCAAAACCGGAGAUGAUUGUAAUGUUCAUUUCUAUUCUGUGCACAGGCAUUAUAUUUUCAUUGACUAACUCUGUCACAGCGGGGUUUUAAGGAGUUUUAGUCAUCGCUCACUUCGACUCUACGUCAUCUACACAGGUCUAUUGAAACAUCUGUAUAUCAUCUGUAGAUAUGAAUUAGUUGUUGUUCAUAUCUUCAUUAAUCUGUGAAGCCCAUCUAAACCUCUGCCCAGCGGUGCAAAUACCAGCAUGCACUAAACAUGUCGGUGUCUGUUCUAGAUGAGCUGCUUGAUGGAGGCAGACAUCAAUGAUCUCUGGUGCUCGUGUUACAGUGAUGAGAGAACUAUUUUACUAUUUUACCAACACUAAAUUACAAUUUAAGUAUACGAAAGGCUGUGAAAAUGUUUUAUUGUGAACCAAUCCCAGGCCUCAUGUGACGUGCUGUAAAAAAUACAACUUGUAUGUUUCAUUACAAUCACUAGGACACAUUUCUUAAUACGUAAGACACUUUUUCAAAACCCUCCACCAUUUCUCCUUAUAAACAAUUUCAGUUUGGCACAGCAGUUAAUUUGACUCAAAUGCACUAAAACUAUGAAAACACUACAUACUUUGUCCCAAAUCAAAUCAUUCAUGAGUUCAUUAUAAAUGGCCUGUCCAGAAACCAAUGGUAGUAGUCAUGUAUAGAUAAACAGAAAAUACUGUAAUGUGCACUUAUUCAUUUAGCAGAUGCUUUUAUCUGAAAAACAACAAACGAUUCAUCAUUAAGAGGCAAAUAGACUCAAGAAGUGUGCAUAAUACAAAGUUUCAGACAUUGUUUAGAAUAGUACAAGAUAAAAAAACAAAAAAAAAACGGGAAGCAUUGACGAGUUUGUGCUCAUGGGUGAAAUAAUUUUCAGCAGUAUUUUGAAUAUUGUCUGGAAUAAGGCAUUAUGAAUGGGGUUGUGAAGAUUCCACCAGCCAGGAACAGUGAAUGUAAAUGUUCUGGAAAGUGAUUAGUGCCUCUCUGUGAUGGUACCAUGAGGCGUCCUUCACUUCAGAUAUUAGGUUUCAGCAGGGGAUAUUGUCUUGUAAGAGUGAGUAGAAGUAGAAGAGUGCACACUCAGAGGCUGAUCUGUAUACAAGCAUUAAAAUUGUGAACCUUGUGAGUUAAAACUAGUAGACAGUGUAUAGAGAUAAAGAGAGGUGUGACAUGGGCUCUUCUGGGUUCACUGAACUGAGAUAUCCUGCUAGACCUUUUAAUAUAAUCUUUUCUCUUUACCAUUAUAUAUUAACUCUAUAUUCAGCUACUUUUAUAUGACUUAUCUUUGUAUAGUUUCUUAAUAUUCAUAAUAAACAUGAUGGAGUCAUUGCUGUUGUCAUGAGUCUCAUGAACCUCAGGCUGAAUCUUGAUUUCCGUCUGCAAUGUUCAGGAAUCAUCACAUGCAUUGUUUAUCAGUAUUAUCUCAUCAAUCUUUGCUCGGUUAUCUUUUGUUUUUUAAUAAAUGUGUAUAUGAGAGAGAAGCGGUGUCCAAUACCCAGUUUUAUUGUUGUUUUCAUGGUGGUACUCAUUUUAUAAAAUGUAUAUGUAAUUUUAUAUUUAGUGGUUUUAGCAGAGUGGGUGUGAACUUUUCAAGCACACCUGUGGAGGGAGUUCUCAUGUAAGCUUUAUGUAAAUGUUUUGCACUCACAGAACAAAUGUUGAGACCAUCUCUUUAUUUGGGUCACAAUCACUGUGAAGUGAUAACACGUCUGUUCUGUGUACCUCUCUGAUAAAGAGAGACAAAGCUGGGCUUUGUCUAAUGUGAUUUAAAAUGUGUUUAAAGUUUUAAAUGUUUAAAUGUUAAAUGUUUUUAUGCUUUAAUACAUUUUUGAUUUACGAUUGUUUUUCAAUCUGUAACCAUUGCAUUAAUAUUUUAAUUUUGUGCAAUAUUUUUUUUUUUGUUUCACGCAAUCAUUUGUUUCUUUGUUUGUUGUGAGAUUUGAUGGAUCCUGUUUAAUGUGGGACAAAUUGAGAAAAUAUGUAACACUGUAACCAAAAUAUAUGUUCGUUGGGAUUGUUUGGAUAUGAAGAGGCCUGUCUUAUAGAUAAAAUUGUCUCUUUAUGUCUCCAA